CUCUGGGCGGCCUAACGGAGACCGAUCCCCGUAUCCCAGGCUGCGGUAAGCACCCUAGCCGUGCCCCGGGACGUGCGGCUGCCCCCGAGUCGGAGAGCCUUGUGCGCGUCCAAAGAGCAAAGAAGAAAAAAACUCAAGGAACAUAUGUUAAGAAGCAAAACAUUUUUUGCAUACAAAAAGGAAAAUCAGAUAGUAUCCAGUAGUAAAGGCCAAAGAGUGGAGACACCUGAGGACCAGGUUCAAGAAGGGACAGAAGUUCUAAAACUUAAAACAAAAAUGGCUGAUAAAGAAAAUGUCCAUAGACCUGCAGGAAUCAAAAAUAAUACAAUGCUGGAAAAAAACUGUAUUCCUUUAAAACCUUCUAAUGAACUAACCAAUUCAGCUGUAGGAAUUGAUACAUAUAAAUCUAAGGAUAAUAAUCAAACUCUGCCAACUGAAGAUGAUCCUCAAAGUCAACAUAUGACAUUAAGCAAGGCAUUUCACCUUAAAAAAAAUAGUACAAAGACACAGAUGACUGCAGAAAAACCAAAGCAAGAUGCUAUUGUGCCCAAGAAACCUGUACUUGGAUCUUACCGUGGCCAAAUUGUUCAGUCUAAGAUUAAUUCGUUUAGAAAACCACUACAAGGCAAAGAUGAGAGUUCUGCAGCAACAAAGAAACUUUCAGCUACUAUUCCUAAAGCCACCAAGCUUCUGCCUGCAGAUACCAGCGAUAAAAGAAUGAAAAGUGACAGAGCCUCAAAUAUGACAGCUACUACUAAAUUUGUGAACACUACAUCUCAGAACACACAACUUGUGCGACCUCCUAUUAGAAGUCAGAAUAAUACCCGGAAGUCCGUGAAACAAGGCAUCAGUAGAACCUCUGCCAAUAUUACGUUCCAGAAAGGGUUUUGUGAAAAAGAAUUUUUACAGUCAAAACCAGUUUUAUCUAGCGUCAAAGCCAGUUCUUCUCAGGACUUAAAAAGAAAUAAAGCACUAUCAAAAAGCAUAGCAUCUGAAAUUGUAGCCAGGCCUUCUUCAUCUUCUAAUACCAGACUGAUAGAAAAGUCCAAACCCAUUGACCAGCAAAGACAUACUAUGGUAAAAGCAACUGUUGAUAGUAGACCAACUUGGCCCAAAGAAACUGCAGAAGAGAGAAAAACUCGUCUGAUUGAGUGGAAAACUGGCAAAGGAAGAGUGUUGAAAAGACCUCCUGAUCCGAUAGUUACACAGCGUGAGCCUGAAGUACAAAAUGAAAAACCAGUUGGAUCCUUUUGGACUACCAUGGCAGAAGAAGAUGAACAAAGAUUAUUUACGGAAAAAGUACACAACACAAUUUCUGAAUGCCUGAAGCUGAUCAACGAGGGAUGCCCAAAAGAAGAAAUACUGGCCACACUGAACGACUUGAUUAAAAAUAUUCCAGAUGCUACAAAACUUGUUAAAUAUUGGAUAUGUCUUGCACGUAUUGAACCAAUCACAAGUCCUAUUGAAAAUAUUAUUGCGAUCUAUGAGAAGGCCAUUUUGGCAGGGGCUCAGCCUAUUGAAGAGAUGCGGCACACAAUUGUAGAUAUUCUAACAAUGAAGAAUCAAGAAAAAGUCAAUUUGGGAGACAAUAUUAAAGAGUUUUGUGCAACCAAAGAACAAGUCGAAGAAGUCAAUAUCGGUGGUACAGGUGUUAAUCUAGAGCCAGGAAAACUGGAAAUGGAGAGUAAAUAUAGAGAUGUGCUAUUUCAAGAUGGUAAAAAAGCGCAGGAUGGCAAAACAAAAGGUCCAACCGAUGAUGUUAAAACCCCCAGUACAGAAGCUGGAGCAGGCUGCUUAAUUAAAUAUUAUGUAUCUACUACGCCAAAUUUGCAAAGUGUAAAAAAGAAGGUGCAAUUUGAUGAAGCAAAUUCUUCAUUUAAAGAGUUGAAGUUUUUAACACCAGUGAGACGGUCUCGUCGUCUUCAAGAGAAAACUUCUAAAUUGCCAGAUAUGUUGAAAGACCAUUAUCCUUGUGUAUCUUCACUGGAACAGUUAGCAGAGUUAGGAUGUGACACUGAUGCUUUUGUUUGUUGCCCUAAUGCAGCACUGUGCCCAAUGUUCUCCGAAGCUGAAGCAACAGAAGAGAAAUAAUGCUUGAUAGGAAUGUGGUUUUUAUUACUCCUCGAGUGUUUGACUUUGUUUUGUGCGGAUUUGGCUUGCCCCCAGGUCUCAAGUUGGCCAAGUACGUAGGCAUCCUAAGUGUUCAUGGGAGGGGACUCCACUAACACUCAUGUUACAGCAGCAGCUGCCCUUCUGUGCCUCAGAAAUAGCUUUCCUCCCUUGUCAGUCUCAGCAGAUUGAGUUUUUCUUUGAGAUAGAUACAUUUUGUUAGCGAUUUUAUUGUGUUCCUUGAAUAUAAACAUGUCAUCAUAUUAACUUGUUCACUUUGCGGAAUAUAAGUGCAGUAUUGAUGCAUUGGUACAAACUAAGGUAUUCUGUGCCAUAACAAGAUGUCUUAGAAGAAAAAAGGAAACGAAGUAUUCAGGGUAUAAUUUAUAUUUUUUGCAUUGACAUGUUUUAAAAUGUUAUUAUAAUACCUUCCUGCUUUAAAACAGAAUACUGACAAUUUUUUUUUUUGCCUUUCUUUGAUUAGUAUGAAAGUCAAAAAUUGUGGUGUAUAGAGGGACUCCCUUCAGCUAUUAAGGUAUGAGAGGUUUAGCUUGCUUUUUCACCAAAUUCCAGUUAGCAACACUGUUGUGCUCUGUUGCGUCCCUUGGAUUGCCUGCGGUCCUUCACUUGUCACUUUUCGUCAGUGACCAUGAGUCUGCAUCUAUGGUCUCUCAGCCUUUCUUUUGAUUGUGACUAAGGCCGAAGGAUAGUAAGAGAAGGUACUUAAUAUAGGAAAGAAGAGGUACCAAAUUUAAUGGUUAUUCAAACUUAAAUCUGAACUCCUUUUUGUAACUUGACUAUCUAAAAUGUUAAAAUUUUAGCUUUCAUAACUUCUAUUUUUACAAUUUAUAAAUAAUUUGGCAUUAGGAAAAGAAUAAUACUUAAUAGAAGUCAUUCUAGUUUGGAGAGCAUUUCCAAAAUAACCAGUGCUUACACUUGCUUUCUUCUUCAUAAUAUAAAAGUUUUACUGUUGAAUCAUAUCUCCUGAAACAUGAUAGUUAUAUACUGUAAAAUUUUCUUCUCCUCACACAUAAGUACCACUGAUAAAAUGUUUAAUAAAGUUACAAACUAACACUUAAAUGGCAUCAAUCCUUUAUUAACCAUACAGUUUCAAAUAAGUGAAGUUUUUAUUAUAAAAGGUUAGUUUAAAAACUUUGUAUGUAAUAUGAAUAUUAAAGAUCACAUAUUCAUUCAUAUAUCUUUGUUCUAUAUGUUAUCUAAUGUUCUAGAGAGUAGGAUUUGUAUUCCUUUUUAACUGUGUACCUAAUCUGUAUACAAUAAAAAUAUAUAAUGUUGUUCCAGUGGCAUUUAUUUCAACAAGUAUUUUAUGCAAUGCAGUUUACCACAGUGAAUGAAUUUGAACUUUGCUUUUGAAAUACAUUGUGCUGAAAUUUGA